GAGCCGGGCGGGGCGGGGCGGCGGGUGCCGCGCGGCGCGGGGCGGAAGUGCGGCAGCGGAGCGGCCCCGCGGGUCUGGGAGCAGCCCGGUUCCCGCGGCCCCGGGAUGGCUGCUGGACUGCCUCCUGAUGCGCUGGGCCGGCGGGUCGCCUGUGGCACCGACUACGGGACUGUGCGCUAUGUGGGCAGCGUGUCUCCUACUGCAGGAAUUUGGCUGGGCGUGGAAUGGGAUGAUCCUCAAAGGGGAAAGCACGAUGGCAGCUAUGAAGGAACACAGUAUUUUAAGUGCAGCUUUUCCUGGCUGCUCUGUUCUAGGCAUCCUAAAGGAGGAUCAUUCAUCCGGCCAAACAAGGCAAAUUUUGGAGUAGAUUUUCUUACUGCAGUAAAGGAUCGGUACGGAUUGAAUGAUAAGCAGGAUGUUCAGUGUGGGACAGGGAAUACAGUAGUAAUUGGAACGAAGACUGUGGAAUUUGUUGGCAUGGAUUCUGUUGCAGAACAGCAAAGACAACUGAACAAACUGGUGGAUAUCUCAGUGCGUGAGUGUGCAGUGAGCCAUGCUGGUCAGGAAGAGGAAAUCAGCAGAAUAUGUGCCAAUAUGAGGCAUAUAAACCUAUCAAAAAAUCUGAUAUCAUCUUGGGAGACAGUAGUAGCUAUUGCUUCUCAAGUUCAAAAUCUGGAAACACUUAAUGUCAGUGAAAACAAAAUGAGAUUUCCAUCUACAUCAACUUUUACGUCCAGUGCCUUUUCAAACUUGAAGAUUCUGGCCCUUAAUCAAACUGAAAUAACAUGGACAGAGGUUCUUCUUUGUGCUCAAGGAUGGCCAGUACUUGAAGAGUUGUACCUUUCUUCUAAUAAUGUUACAGUUUUGGAAAGGCCUGAUAAUGUCCUGCAGACCCUUAAGUUGUUAGACCUUUCAGACAACCAGCUACUGGAUGGAAAUCAGCUGCAUCUCAUAGCACAGCUCCCCAGAUUAGAACAGCUAAUACUUAGAAACACUGGGAUAUCUUCUAUACACUUUCCUGAUGCUGGAUUUGGAUGCAAAACUAAAAUGUUUCCUUCGCUAAAACGCCUUGCAAUAAAUGACAAUAAAAUAUCACAGUGGUCAUCUAUCAAUGAGCUUGAUAAACUGCCAAGUUUGCGGGCACUGCAGUGUAACAAUAACCCCUUCAUGGACACAGAGAAGAACCCAGAGACCCUGAAACAGCUCAUUAUUGCCAAGAUAAGCCAGUUGGAGGUUUUGAACAACUGUGAGAUCUUUCCUGCUGAAAGAAGAGGAGCAGAGCUUGAUUAUCGCAAAAUAUUUGGAAAGGACUGGCUAGAAGCUGGUGGGCAUUGGAACCCAGAGAAAAACAAACCAAGUGAAGAAUUUCUUGCUGCCCAUCCCAGAUACCCAGCACUUUGUCUUAAAUAUGGAGCACCUGAAGAAGGAGAACUGAAGGGACAACAGCCUUUGACUCUGAAAAAUCAGCUCCUGACUUUGACAAUUAAGUGUCCCGAGAAACCUGAACAGAAGCCAGUGGAGAAAAAAUUACCAGAGUCUAUGACUAUUCAGAAGGUCAAAGGACUGCUGUAUCGCCUAUUUAAAAUUCCUGGUUCAGACCUGAAACUGUCCUACAAAAGUUCUAAAUUGGAAGGAAAAGAAGUUGAACUAGACAAUGACUUAAAGCCUUUGCAGUUUUACUCAAUAGAAAGUGGAGACUGUGUGUUAGUACGUUGGUAAGAAGAGACUCUCUUGCUGGACUGAAGGAAAAGCUGACACAAGAACUGCAGAAGAGAGACAGACAGCCUGUGCCUGAACAGACAUACAGGUGAAUAAGAGUUUCACACAUGUGGCACCAAAGGGCUGUACAAUUGUACUUUUCAGCUCCUCAACUUGGUCAUCAGCCUCCAUGAAAACAUCUGCUCAUUUGUCCUACUGGAGAGAUACCAAACAGUGCUUAAAUGCUUCAAUUAAAUAAAACUCAAGGUCA